CCCGUUCGCGGCAGACGUGUUAUUACUUUCAUUCUCCCAUACGUACGGCAAUUUCUCAAAGAAAUAUCUUGUAUCAUUCUUGAAGAAGACCACAAAGCAUCCCGGUAUUAACUUCGUUAAGAGAGAGAAAGAGGACAUAUACAUAUACAUAUACAUAUAUAUAUAUAUAUGUAUAUAACAAAAGAAACGCGGUAGAAAAAAAACUCGUCACAUUUUCAUCUCGUUUGAUUGCUCUCUUCCUCUCUUUCUCUCUCCCAUUAACUCUUUUUGCAUGUACAUAUCUAUUUCUCUCUUUGUCUAUUCGUGUAUGUACACGAGUACAUGAUGAAGCUUAACGAGAGAUAAGCGUUUAAUAUCGGAGGUGAAACUUGUAAAAGAGGUGUGACAUAGUAUUCGGUGGGUGCUCAUCAUAACAAAAAAAAAAAAAAAAAAAAAAAAAACAAAAAAAAGAAAAAAAAAAAAAAAAACUUUUUCACGAACGAACGAACGAAAGGAAGAAAGAAGAGAGUAGCUGCUAUUCGUCCGGUGAGUUUGAAAAGAGACCAGUGACGUAGAGAGAGAAAGAGAGAGAGAGAAAGACAGAGGAGAGGAGAGGGAGAGAAAAAGAGAGAAAGAGAGAGGGAAAAGACCAGGAUAAGGCCAAUAAGAGAACGUUCUCGGUUCUACUUUCAAAAGGUCGUAAGAAGAAAGAAAAGAAAAAGGAAGAGAGAACGAGAAAAGGACGAACCUUUUCCUCGGGAUCUUACGGAUAAUCCAGAUUGUGUGUCUCGACUGAUUCAAAAUAAAGACUGCCAAUAAAGGGAAAGAAAAAGAAUGGCGGUGUUCGGUUUGGUCUCGGCAGUAGCCGGGUUUGUUAAGGUGCGAUAUCUCAUCGACAGAGCCAUCAUCGACAAUAUAAUAUUCAGAGCUCAUUAUAGAAUCACUUCUGCGAUUCUUUUUGCCUGUUGCAUCAUCGUUACUGCCAAUAACUUGAUAGGAGAUCCUAUAAAUUGCAUAGCGGACAAUGCAGUGCCAACUCAUGUGAUAAAUACUUAUUGCUGGAUAACGUAUACUUUCACGUUGCCGACGAAUAACAUGAAACAAGUUGGCACGCAAGUAGCUCAUCCUGGUCUAGGUGGAGAUUACAACGAGGAAAAACGAUAUCACUCGUAUUAUCAAUGGGUACCCUUCAUGCUCUUCUUCCAAGGUAUUCUCUUUUAUGUGCCGCACUGGAUGUGGAAGCAGUGGGAGGAAGGCAAGGUCAGAAUGAUAUCCGACGGUAUGAGGGGUGCCAUAGUCGAUAGCAAGCAGGAACGCGAGGCCAGAACAAACAAAUUGGUCGAAUACAUCCUAGAUACUUUGAAUUUGCACAACAGUUACGCCGCCGGUUAUUUCUUCUGCGAGGCACUUAAUUUUGUCAACGUUGUUGGUAAUAUGUUCUUCAUCGACACCUUCCUAGGCGGAGCAUUUUUGACAUACGGUACGGAAGUCAUAACCUUUAGCAACAUGAACCAAGAACAACGUAGCGAUCCAAUGGUCGAGAGAUUUCCAAGAGUGACCAAAUGUACCUUCCAUAAAUUUGGUGCUUCCGGCACGAUACAGAAGCUCGACGCUUUAUGCGUGCUCGCUUUGAAUAUUCUCAACGAGAAGAUCUACAUCUUCCUGUGGUUCUGGUUCAUUAUACUGGCUGUGAUGUCAGGCCUAGCUGUUCUCUAUAGUAUGGCGAUCGUUCUUUUACCUAGCACACGCGAAACCAUUCUGAGGAAACGAUUCAAAUUCGGUUCGGCUUCAGAUGUCAGUACACUCAUCAGAAAGACUCAAGUCGGUGACUUCCUCUUGAUACAUCUGCUAGGUCAGAACAUUAAUACGAUGCUGUUUACCGAUGUUCUGAAGGAACUCUGUCGUCGGUUCCACAUUGGUUCAGGAAGUAGUGCAUCACCUACGUCCGUUCCAUCAGCACCGAGUACACUCGAGAUGUCACCAAUUUAUCCAGAGAUCGAGAAAUAUGCCAAGGACACGGAGAUCUAAGCUCUAGCUUCUAACGUUUACAUUUGCUAUACCCCAUACGAAUUCCUCACCUUCCUUCCUUCCUUCCUUUCUUCCUUUCCUCCUCUAUUUCAAUUUCCUUAUUGUGAUAAUACCGUCGGUGCCUUUAAUGAGACACCACGUUCAAAGUUUUCGUGCUACGAUAUGAUUUGUAUUUUAAUUUUGCUUAUAUAUAUAAUUUUUUUUUUGUGGGGGGGGGGGGGGAGAAAAGAAAAAAAAAUUCUUUAAUUUUCUCAAUCAUCGGAGCACGAGGAGCUAAGAGUAGAUUUAUAUUAUUAAGAUUUAUAUUUUAAUCCCAAGUUCGAAUUAUUUAGAUUCUAAUUAGGAAAUUAAAUAUAUUCGUUCUAUCAAUUCAUUCCUUUUAAUAAUCAAAUCGAAAGAUAUGAUAUAUUUUCAGAUAUAUUUUCUUAUCGAGUAGACGACAAUAAACAGCGAGAACAAAAGAAGAAAUAUAAAAUUACUAAUGAAUGGUAAUUAAUCGAAGAAGCUAACAUUCGUUAUUUCUGUUCUUUCAUCCGGGAGGAUACAUUUCUGCAAGAAUUUAAUUAGCCAUUGGAAUCUAUGUAUAUGUGUGUGUAUGUACAUACACGUACAGAUAUUGUAGCAGGUGAUAAGAAUUUUGUUGUUUGACGUUUCGCAAGAUGAAAAAAAAGAAAGAGACGAAUCCUAAAGAUUUUUUUUUUAUGCUUAAGCAACGAAGCAAACAACGUUGAUAGAUUUUAUGAUCCAUUUGUUCUCUUUCAUCGCGUUUUCUCGGUUUCUUUCAUUCCCCUCUUUUAUAUAUAUAUAUAUAUAUAUAUAUAUAUAUAUAUAUAUAUAUAUAUACACGUAUACGUAUAUGUACUAGAAAUGUCGAUUUAUUCGUAAUUGGUGCAAUGACUGGUAGCAAGGUAAAAAAACAAACAAACAAACAAAUAAAUAUAUAAAUAAAAAGUAAAAGUUUAGCAUAGAGUUUGUUAUGUGAGUUUGUCGAAGAGGAUCUUAACUCGCUCGUCAACGAGUUGAAAUUAUAUUUUGCUGUGUCUUUUAGGAUUAAAGCAGGGUGGAACGUUAAUCGUAAUCCUCGAGUUUCAUAUAAACGAGUAUAAUAAUAUUAAUUUUUUCUAUUAGAAUAAAUAUACAUAUAUAUAGGUA